AUGUUCGACAAGCUGGCGCGCUCGUGCAAGCCGGGUGCCCCCUUCGUCAUCGAGGACUACGUGCUGGCCUUCGACGACAAGCCGCUCACGCAGGAGGAGGUCGAGAGGGUGUCCAGGGUUGUCGGGGCGGUGUACAUCCCGACGGUGCCCGAGUACAUAGCCCAGCUAGAAGCCGCCGGGUUCGAGGACGUCAAAUCCGAGCCGCUCACGGAGCCGUGGGUGGCCUGGACCGCCACAUUGCCACCCACGGAGAGAAGCACUACGCCAUGA